CCGCCCGCCUGUGACGUCACGUCCUUUCGUUCCAAAAUCGCGGAACGGCGGCGGAUAUCGCGUGCUGCAGCCCUCAUUAUACGCUGUGCAAAAAAUGGACAGUGAGGUACAAAGAGAUGGGAGAAUUCUAGAUUUGAUUGAUGAUGCAUGGAGAGAAGAUAAAUUGCCAUAUGAAGAUGUGGCAAUACCUUUGAAUGAACUUCCAGAACCAGAACAAGACAAUGGUGGAGCAACAGAAUCAGUAAAAGAACAAGAAAUGAAAUGGACUGAUCUGGCUUUGCAGUAUCUUCAUGAGAAUAUUCCUACAAUUGGAAAUUAAUCUGUAUAAAUUAGCAUAAUAGCCACUUUAUUCAGAAGAAUUUCUUGUCAGUUUUGGUUUUCAGUCUUUUGCCCUGUUAGUCUUGUUUUGCAACAGCUGAUAAUUAAUUGUUUUAAUUAAACAAAGUAUUUUGUAGAUCCUGAGAGAUUGCUUACGUUUUGCCAAGUGCUAAAGAUUUUCCUUGAAGUUGCCAGCAGAGGUCGCAUAAGUACAACAGUUUCCAUGAGUAUGAAUUGCUGUUUAAUCAAUUUGUAAUAUGUUGCAAAAAUUCUAUAUGUUUGCACUUCUUGAUUUCAAUAAAUUCUUAUUUGUGGUAAAUACA